UCAAAACGAUGAACGCCGUCUCGCUUGCUCUCUUCCUUAUUCUUGCCGUUUCCAUGAUACAGGGUCUGACUCUGGUUAUCAAGAAAAACCGCAAGUACAACAAUCCACCAUUCUGCUUCGCCUACAACAGAGAGUACAAUGAUAAUGAUGUGACUUCCUCCUGCUCCGGUUAUCAAUUUGAUUGCUUUGAUUCAGCUGGAUCCCAGAUUGGAGACGUCAAGACCUUCGCCAGUUCGGAUUGCGAAUCUAUGUCGGUGUUCCGUUCGUUCUCCGAUGCCGACUUCCAGAAGCGUCUCGAUGAAGCCAGCAAAUACGCUACAACCAUUGAAGCAUCCGGCAACUGAACUUGGAAUCUGGACGAACAAAUAUCUCGCUUUUUAUAUAAUCCCGCGUAUUUUCGUAUGUUUUUUGUUGAUACCUGUGUGUGUAUCCAGUGUAUUAAUAUGAGUUUUGUGGAAUAAAUAAUCAACUGUU